AUGCCCGCGCCGGGCCCACCUGGAGACACCUGCCAGGCGGCGGCCGGCGGGGGGGAGGGUCCCGGGUCGCCUCCAGCGCGGCCCUGCCCGUCCCGCAGGUACGUGUUCAUCGUGCAGAAGAGCUACCAGGACAGCGAGACGGGCCCCGAGAGCUCCGUCAUUACCAAGGUCAAGGGCAUCACCUUCUCCGAGCGCAAAGUGUGGGACGUGGAGGAGUACGUGAAGCCCCCCGAGGGAGGCAGCGUGUUCAGCAUCAUCACCAGGAUCGAGGUCACACCCUCGCAGACCCUCGGAACCUGCCCGGAGAGCCUGAGGGUUAGCAACGCCUCCUGUGACACAGACGAGGACUGCGUGGCGGAACGGCUGGACAUGCUGGGAAGCGGCCUGCGGACCGGGCGCUGCGUACCCUACUACCAAGGGUCGGCCAAGACCUGCGAGGUGUGGGGCUGGUGCCCGGUGGAAGACGGGGCGUCGGUCAGCCAAUUUCUCGGCAAGAUGGCUCCGAAUUUCACCAUCCUCAUCAAGAACAGCAUCCACUACCCUAAAUUCCAGUUCUCCAAAGGCAACAUCGAGCACCGGAAGGACGGCUACCUGAAACGCUGCACGUUCGAUGAGGUCUCCGACCCCUACUGUCCCAUUUUCAAGCUGGGCUUCAUUGUGGAACAGGCAGGGGAAAACUUCACGGAGCUCGCACACACGGGUGGUGUCAUCGGGGUCAUUAUCAACUGGGACUGUGACCUGGACCUGUCAGCGUCAAAGUGCAACCCCAAGUAUUCUUUCCGGAGGCUUGACCCCAAGCACGUCCCAGCCUCGUCUGGCUACAACUUCAGGUUUGCCAAGUAUUACAAGGUAAACGGCAGCGCCACCCGCACGCUCAUCAAGGCCUAUGGGAUCCGCAUCGACGUCAUUGUGCAUGGACAGGCAGGGAAGUUCAGCCUGAUUCCCACCAUCAUUAAUCUGGCCACAGCACUGACCUCCAUCGGGGUGGGCUCCUUCCUGUGUGACUGGAUCUUGCUGACGUUCAUGAACAAAAACAAGGUGUACAGCCAUAAGAAAUUCGACAAGGUGUGCACACCCAGGCGCUCCUCUGGUAGCUGGCCUGUGACUCUGGCUCUUGUUUUGGGCCAGGCUCCUCCCCCACCCUGUCCCUGCUCUGCAGACCCAGGCCAGUCCCUGGCCGCCCCGCCCCCAUGGCCUUGCCCUGCCUCUGCCCCUUCUGAGCAGAUGGCCGACACCCCUGAGCAGACUGUGGGACCAGAGUUGUGUGCCUCCGAGCCUUCCCGGCAGGACUCCACACUCACGGACCCCCGAGGUUUGGCCCAGCUCUGAGCCCACCACAUGCUUUCCAUCAUGCUGUGUCCAAGGCGGGCCUGAUGGGGUCCUGAAGUCUGGUCCCGAGACCAAGCCGCCAGCUCCCCUGGGCCCUGCCCAUGCACCUCAACACGCUCUGAGAAGCUGGGAACGAAAAGACCCCCCGCGCAACCGGGCAGUGGGCGGGCACAAAGUGGGUGGCACCGGAUCCUGGCUGGCCCCCCAACGUCCCCGGGGCCUGGAGGAAGGGGUAAACUCCUGCGGCCUCCUCCUCCCUAGCUGACCUCCUCACAAACGUCUCACCCCUCCCCACCCAGACCCUUUGCUUGCUUCAUAGCCAAGAAGUCCACAUACCCAGAGUCCAAUAAACCUGUG